AUCAGAAUUUAGCACAGCACAUAUUGUCAAAGAAAACUUAUUAUGGCUUACGCUUCCUCCCUCUUUCUUUCUUAGCUGCUGUGGUCUGUUAUGGGUGACCUAGAGCAGUACUUCACAACCUUUCGAUACCAGGGAUCAGCUAGCUGCCUUCCUAAACUGUGCACUGAGGAGAUCUCGGGAACCAGCAUCAUCUAUGGAGCACUAAUCCUAGAGCAUGGAGAAAAAGGCAGUAGAUCUGAGGCUCUGUGGACGAGUCUUUAGUUAAAGUGAAUCACCAGCAUCUAAGUCAGUUCGGAUUUGUGGUGUUUUCUGCUGGACUCUGACAACCAAACUAUCCUGUUUAGUCCACUAAACAAAGAUUGAACUGGCUGCCUUGCAACAGAUCAUGAGCAGGUAAUGCACAAAGAGCACCACUGGGAAUCAUGUCGGACGAGUCAAUCUCAGGGAGUGAUCCAGACCUGGACCCAGACUUGGAGCAGGAGGAUAUGGAAGAGGAGGAGGAGGAAGAUGAUGAGGCAAUGGAGGAGGACAAUGAUGGGGAUGACGAGGAAGACUUACUUGAUGAGAAUGACCAGCGUCCGGAAGAUGUGUUCAACAGCGACCGUGUUCAGCACGGCGAGGAUGGAGACUGGCAACGCUCUACUUCAACUACCUCAUCUCAGAGUGAGCGGGCAGAGCGACGCUUACAGAACCAGCAUAAGAGCCUGGCCUCUGAGGACACCAAAAAGAAGAGGGCUCAGAAACCUUCUCACAUGAGGAGGAACAUAAGAAAGCUGCUGCGGGAGGACCAGCUCGAGGCUGUGACAAAAGCGGCCCAGCUAGAAGAGUUGGAGAGGAGGAAACGGCUGGGGGCUGUACCGCUAGAGUUCCUUCCAGAGGAAAUAGUUUUAAGAACAGCGGAUGCCACUCAGCUUCCUCCUCAGGUCCUAGCUGAGGAAGUGAUCUGCUUGGAUAGCACCAGCAGUGGCAGUGAAGAUGACGCAAAAGGAAUACUGCAUGGCAUUAAAGAUGAAGUGAUCGAACUGAGUUCAGGAGAGGAUGAGGCCCUCCAGAUUGUGGAGAGCAGCGACUCUGCCAACGAGGGGGAGGACGAUGGCACGGAAGAGAGCAGCGGCUCUCAUGUGAAUGACGCCUUAAAUCAGCUGGAUCCUCUGGGGCAGGUCAUUGUCAACAUCAACCAUCCACCAAAUGAAGAAGACAUUUUCCUGGCUCCGCAGCUUGCUCGGGCAGUGAAGCCUCACCAGAUCGGCGGAAUCCGCUUCCUGUACGAUAACCUGGUGGAGUCCCUGGAGAGGUUUAAAAGCAGCAGCGGGUUUGGGUGCAUCUUGGCCCAUAGCAUGGGGCUGGGCAAGACCAUCCAGGUCAUCUCUUUCUUGGACGUGCUUUUCCGGCACACAGAGGCAAAGACUGUCCUUGCCAUUGUCCCUGUGAACACGCUCCAGAACUGGCUAGCAGAAUUCAACAUGUGGCUCCCCCCGCCCCCAAAGCUUCCUGCGGCACGCUUCUUCAAAGUCCAUAUCCUGAAUGAUGAACACAAGACGACGGCUGCCCGAGCGAAAGUGGUGACUGACUGGGUGACAGACGGUGGGGUGCUGCUGAUGGGCUAUGAGAUGUACCGUCUCCUCUCGCUGAAGAAGUCCUUUGCCAGUGGCAGGAAAAAGAAAACAAAGAAACAAGCUGGCCCUGUCAUUAUCGACUUGGAUGAGGAGGACCGGCAGCAGGAGCUUCUGAAAGGGAUCGAGAAGGCUUUAUCCCGCCCUGGCCCGGAUGUAGUUAUCUGUGAUGAGGGACACCGGAUUAAGAACUGCCAUGCCAGCACAUCCCAGGCCCUGAAGAACAUCCGCUCCAGGCGGCGGGUGGUGCUGACGGGCUACCCGCUCCAGAACAACCUCAUUGAGUACUGGUGCAUGGUAGACUUUGUUCGGCCUGACUUCCUGGGCACCCGGCAGGAGUUCAGCAACAUGUUCGAGCGCCCCAUCCUGAAUGGCCAGUGUAUUGACAGCACGCCUCAGGAUGUCCGUCUCAUGAGGUACCGCAGCCACGUCCUGCAUAGUCUGCUGGAGGGCUUUGUUCAGAGGCGAGGCCAUAAUGUACUCAAGGCUCAGCUUCCCUACAAAGAAGAGCAUGUUAUCCUGGUGCGCCUAUCCAAAAUCCAGCGGGCUCUUUACACAGAGUUCAUGAACCGGUUCCGGGAUGCAGGCAACAGUGGCUGGCUGGGGCUGAACCCGCUUAAGGCUUUCUGCGUCUGUUGUAAGAUCUGGAACCACCCAGAUGUGCUGUAUGAGGCGCUGCAGAAAGAGAAUCUGGCGAAUGAGCAGGACCUGGAUGUGGACGACCUGGGCACAGCUGGAACAAACUCUCGCUGUCAGCCGCCGGGAAUGAAAGUCAAAACAGAGAGUGGUGCUUUGGCCUCACCCAUGGGAGAAGCUACCAACAGCAAGUUCAUUCAGGGCAUUGGCUUCAACCCCUUUCAGGAGAGAGCAAAUCAAGUCGUGACAUACGAGUGGGCCAAGGACAUCCUGUGCGAUUACCAGACGGGUGUUCUGGAGAACUCGCCCAAGAUGGUGCUACUCUUCCACCUGAUCGAGGAAAGCGUGCAGCAGGGAGACAAGAUCCUGGUCUUCAGCCAGAGUCUGUCCACGCUGUCUGUCAUUGAGGAGUUCUUGGCCAAGAGACCAAUGCCCAGUCGUCCGGGCUCAGAUGCGCAAGGCGUUCAUAACUGGGUCCGAAAUCUCCAUUAUUACAGGCUGGAUGGCAGCACUUCUGCCUCGGAACGUGAGCGAUUGAUUAACCAGUUCAAUGACCCCAGUAACGGCUCUGUGUGGCUCUUCCUUCUGUCCACCCGAGCUGGCUGUUUGGGUGUCAACCUGAUUGGAGCCAACAGAGUUGUGGUGUUCGACGCCUCUUGGAACCCAUGCCACGAUGCACAGGCGGUGUGCCGGGUGUACCGCUAUGGGCAGAAGAAGCCGUGCCACAUUUACCGGCUGGUUUCGGAUUACACCUUGGAGAAGAAGAUCUAUGACCGCCAAGUCUCCAAGCAGGGGAUGUCAGAUCGGGUUGUGGAUGAUCUGAAUCCAGUGUUGAACUUCACCCGGAGGGAGGUGGAGAACCUACUGCACUUCGUAGAAGAGGAGUCAAAUCCUGCCCAGCUGGCUUUGGACCCUGUCAAGAUGAAGGAGUCUGUCUUACAGCUGGCCUGUCUCAAGUACCCUCACCUUAUCACCAAGGAGCCUUUCCAGCACGAGUCGCUGCUGAUCGACCGGAAGGAGCACAAGCUGACCAAGGCAGAGAAGAAGGCCGCGAAGAAGAGCUACGAGGAAGAGAAACGAGCCUCCGUCCCCUACACCCGGCCGUCCUACGCCCAGUAUUACCCAGCCAGCGACCAGAGCCUGACCAGCAUCCCUGCCUUCAGCCAAAGGAACUGGCGCCCAGUCUUCAAGGGAGAGGACAAGCCAGUGGCGAGCGUCCGCCCCGUUCAAUCCACCCCCAUUCCUAUGAUGCCGCGACACGUCCCCUUGGGUGCCAUGGGCUCGGCCUCCGGUUCCAACCCCGCUGUCAACUUCCCCAUCAACUACCUGCAGCGCGCUGGGGUCCUCGUCCAGAAGAUUGUCACCACGACAGAUAUUGUGAUUCCGGGCACGAACACCUCCACCGACGUGCAGGCGAGAAUCAGCGCGGGGCCCCCCCCGGCCCCCAGCCAGCACGUCGACGGCCACUUGGCGCUGGACUUGCGGGGCAGCAAGCGCAAGUCGUCCUCGCCCUCUGCCCCCGAGGAGCCGGCCCGGAGGCCACAGAAGAAGCGCCACCUGCCAGCGCCCGUUCAGUCGUACGAACACGGGUACCCAGUCUCCAGUGGGUUCCCCCUGCCCCCUGUCUCUCUAAACCAUACCCUGACCCACCCCUUUGCCCCCCAGGCAGGAAACUCCUUGUACAUGGGCACUGGCUCCUCCUACUACCAGCUGCCCAACCUACUACCAGACCCUCAGCUGGUGUUCCCUGUGACUACUGACCCUCUGCUGACAGCCGGCACCGCCAGCUCCUCUGCUGCUACCUCAGCCACCGCCAGCGUCCCCUCCUUCAUGCUGAACCCCUCCAUGGCGGGGGUGCUCCCCGGCUACUCGCUUCCCUUCACGCAGUCGCUCCUGCCUGAGCCCAGGAUGUUUGCUCCUUUCCCGGCCCCGGGUUUGCCUGGCAGCCUUCCCCGGAGCAUGGCCUCUGCCUACUCGGGCUACCUGUCCCCUCACUCGGGCUACCCGGCCGGGGGCCUCCUGCGGUCCCAGGUGCCUCAGUUUGACUCCCAGGAGGCCUCCGAGGCAGGAUGCAGUUCUGAUGAGGACAAAGAUGACGAUGUGAUCGAGAUCACGGGGAAGUAACGGGCCAGGUCCUGGGAGCGCUGCCAGGAGGCAACAGGGGCAGGACCUUUCCGGAGUCAGGCUUUCGCCUCUGGGCCGGGGCAGCGGAGCUGGGGAAGAGGCGAGGUUAGGUGUCGAGGGU